AUGAACACAACCAUCUUCGGCACACAGCCAUCGUCACAGUCACUCGCGAGAGCAGCAAGACCCACCAACUCAGAUUUCGACCGUUCCACACAACGCAAAGACCGCGACGACCAGAUAGUUAUACAUAUGAACGGACAUUUUGAUGGCACAUUUGCUUUACCUAGGGCGACUCAAGAGAAGGAAGAGUGGGACAGCGAUGCCUUGACAUCUUCGCGAAGAACCGCCAGCAGACGGAGCUCCAGAUCGUUCACAUCGCGUGUAUCUCGACAGAAGAGUAGGCGGCGAGAGCUCCUGGAGAGACAGGCAAGACUAGAUACGAGCUUUACAAGACACAAGGGCGAUGCGCCACAUCAGGUGUUUCCUGAGGAUGAGUUGCACGGCAACAGAUUGGCCAGAAAGCAAAGCUGGUUCAGCGUCGGACGCUCAUCAACCAAAUUCAAAGGGUUAGGGAUCACGAAAGGCACUCCUCAGCCCAAUACUUCACAUCGCAGGCUCCCGAGCAUCGAUCAUGAGCCUCACACUGCUGAUUCACUGGCUCCAGCUCCAGGCACUGGUACAUGGAACGAAAUAUCCCCUUGGGACCGGCCUAUACCCAUUGGUAUCACUAUCCCUACAGACAGUGCUUCUGAUUUUAGUCCGUAUCAAGGCGCUCGCCAGCGAUCAGGAAGCGACAUCACUCUGGUCACACCCAGCAUCAUCAUCACUCCUGCUAUGCCAAUGCAAUCGGUCUGGUCACCGGACACACCUUACACCGCAUCAGACUAUACAACCAGUGUGUAUUCCCGCAACACGUUCAAUACUCAUUUCAUGGAUCACAACAUACCCCCCGUUCCUGCCCUUCCACUCGGUAUGGUCGGAUCGUCAGGCGCCCCUACGAACGUUCUGCCUGCCCCAGAACCACCAACGCAUAACGGAAAUGGCACGCUCGGCUCCAACGGGACAGCUUUCGAGGAGUACAAUGACAGUGUGCAACGCAAAGAUCGUGUUAUGUCAAGCGACACCUUUUUCGAGGAGGAUGAGACGCCUUUGUGUGAGAGGACGAUUGAGACGUCGUUGACUGUCGAUACGUCUCUUCUGCCCACUCCACGACGAUCGCAAGGAUGGUGGAACGUCAUCACAACACCGUUUGUUACAACACCGUUGACUGCCACAUGGCCCAAGGGUGAUCAUUAUGGGCCAAAGACACCUGACGUACCAAAUCUACCUGUCCAAUACAGCAUGAGUAAAGGGUCGCCUGCAAGUUUGCCUACUGGUAGCUGGACAACGAUGGAGAAGUCUCCUCUGGCAAACGAUCCGCCUUCCCGAGAUGCGCUACCUAUAGCAGUACCUAUGCCGGUCGAAGACCAUGUGACAUCUCGAUACAUCUCUCCGAAUACGGUAAUGGAAGAAGUUCCUCUGCAAGCGACCUAUACAACUGUUGCGCAGGGAAAUCAACAACGAACGGCAGCGACUCCGGAUCGCAACGUGACCUCGGCACCAUCAACAAUGUCUGCAACUCCUGUUGUUGCGACAGCAGCUAUGGCAACAGUUCUGAUGCCUCGUCAAGUAGAAGAGCCACCACGACCCAUCAAUAUCAACAUUGAGUUACAAGAUCGACGACCAGAUGUCAACGUUCAGCUUCUGAACACAAACUCACAGCCAGCGAUGCAACAGAGCCACACAUCCUGGCCAGCGCCGCGUUUGCAGGGCGUGGGGUCAUAUGCAUCCAGGUCCAAUAGCCCCUCCCCUCACCUGCCUACGUUUGCACCGCCUCCAACUUCUGCUCAGAAAGCGUCUCGUUUCAGCUACGACGACAGAAACCGAUCGAGCUCACAAGCCUCCACGCCUGACUUGAAACGACAGAAGAAGCAUCGAAAGGUGUUCGACAUGGAGACAGUGUUACCGUGUCUGAAGCGAAAGCAACAAGAGAAGCCCGAAGAAAAGAAGAAGAAGAAGAAGCGUGGUUGUUUCUUCUGGUGCUGCGGUUGCUGCCUUUUUCUGGUCGUCUUGCUUGCGAUUCUCAUUCCUAUCAUUGUUGUCUUCUCGAGGAAGAAGGACGGCACGACUCAGACCACACCCAUCGCAACCCAAUCAGGUGGUGAAUCAACUUCGUCGACCUCCGAGUGGUUGACCUUGACGAACUAUCCUCCCAUUCCUACAGGGGUCUUGACGAUUGCUCAACCUGAGGCAGUUGAGGAGCAGAGCGGAUGUGUCGCCCCCACUACUCUGUGGAGCUGCGCGCUUCCCAAAGAGCUGCAAGACUCAGUAAAGCCCAACAAGCCUGACCAACCCAACUUUGAGAUUGAAAUCACGUUCGACAACAGUAGCGCAGCAACGCCUUCGACAACGCAGAGCAAGAAGCGAGCAGCGAACGCAGUCUCCGUUGGUGCAUUCAUUCGCUCACGCUUCUUGAGCGCUCGCUCAGUGCCCUCGCCAUCUCCUGCGCCGCCAAGCCGUGAUGAUAUGGUGUUUCUGGGAGAGACGACAGACGCAAACAACGCGCCUUUUGAUGGCGAAGACACGCCCUUGUCCGUGUCGUUCAAAGAGCCACAAGCUACUGCGUCUCGUCUUACGAAGCGAGCUGGCAGUGAUCCCACGAACAUCACUGCAGCCAUCCCUGCACCGGUGCUCAACCCAGAUGGAACUGCCGCGCCAGCCAACUUGCUUCCCUUCCCAUCCGGGCAACCGCUCCGGUUGUACAACCGAGGGAAAGAGAACGAGCACUACGGCUUCUACACGUAUUACGACCGAACGAUCUUCCUGAAACAAAUCAACGGAACCAAUCGUGGUGGCAAUCCUGCAGACACCGACGGCGGCAGCACGGAAGAGGCUGCCACGCUCCGAUGCACGUUCUCCGAGACGCGUUUCCUCGUUCAGAUCUGGACGCGCAGCCAAGCGAGCAAGCCACUUCUGCAAAACUCUACGCAGAGCGGGUCGAGCGACCUCUUGCGCCCAGGGACCUUUCCCUACCCGGUUACUGUCACGAUUGACCGUCAUGGCGGUAAUGCGGCGAAGAAGAACCUCUACUGCUACCAGAUGGAGGACGACGGUAGCAUCAAGAACGAGGCUUCGAAGCGCUCCUUCCAGUUUGAAGAUCGUGCAUUCGGAGGCAAUCUCGUCAACGGCACCCAAGGCCGUCCGAAUGUAAGUGGACCCAUAGAUGGAGGGUCUGGAGGAUGCGCGUGCAAGUAUCAAAAUUGGCUGGACUGA